CACUUCCUGUUUACGUUUCCACAUCAACAGUUUCAAAACCGAAACAGAAUAACUUGACACACAACUUCAUGUUCUUGUGACGGCUGGAUUCAAAUAUAUUCCAUCUUAGAUACAUACCGAAUCUCCGGGUAUACUGGACGACCUACGGUUUCAGCUGUCCUGCUCAUAACUUACUUUAGGACCGAAGUAACGUUAAGCUAGCCGGGCUGCUACGUGAAGCUAACGUUUAAUAGGUAGCUUGAAGCUAGCUAGCGAGUUAGCAACAAGAAUUUAACAACACUUCGUCACCAGAGUGAUCAACGUCUGUCAGUAUGGAGAAUAAAUAUAACCUGAAGAGUCCAGCGGUGAAGAGGCUCAUGAAAGAGGCUGCUGAGCUGAGGGAUCCCACAGAGCACUACCAUGCGCAGCCACUGGAAGAUAACCUCUUUGAAUGGCACUUCUCUGUACGCGGGCCCCCAGAUUCCGAUUUUGAUGGCGGAGUUUACCACGGCAGGAUCGUGCUUCCCCCAGAGUACCCCAUGAAGCCCCCCAGCAUCAUCCUCCUCACACCAAAUGGAAGAUUCGAAGUUGGGAAGAAGAUUUGUCUGAGCAUCUCUGGGCAUCAUCCAGAGACCUGGCAGCCCUCUUGGAGCAUCCGAACCGCCCUAAUAGCUAUAAUCGGAUUCAUGCCAACAAAAGGAGAGGGAGCAAUAGGAUCUCUUGAUUAUACCCCAGAAGAGAGGAGGGCCCUUGCCAAAAAGUCUCAGGACUUCUGCUGUGAGACGUGUGGCUGUUCCAUGCGCUCUGCCCUCCUGGCUCUGACCCCAAACAGCAACCCCAGCGCAGAGGACUACAAGGCUAAAGAACUGGCUCAGCAAAUUAACUUCAAGGCAGAGUCCAGUUUAUCCAGAGAGGCAAGUGAGAGCGGAGGUGCAGAAAGUGAGCCUUCCAUACUGACCCAGGGAGACGCCUCCACAUCUGCAGACCAGGUAGCUGCUGAUGAGCCCCAGGCUGAACAGGCAGAGGCAUCUCCAGCCACUGGAGUAGAGGGACCCCAGCCCUGUGGUCGCCCUCUCAGCCCCCGGCAGCGUCGCGCCCAGCAGCACAUCCAGCAGGGCCAGAGAGACGGCAGAGAUCCAGCCAGCAGGGCAGCCUUCACCCUGGCACCUCGCCAACCUCAGGAUGAAAGCCAUGCAGGCUCGGCAGUCCUCAUUGUGGUACUCACUCUGGCCCUGGCCGCACUCAUCUUCCGCAGGAUCUACUUGGCUCAUGAGUACAAGUUUGACUUCGAGCUGUGACACCCCCCACUCCACCCUCGAGUCAACCCCUCCUGCUACCACCCUAACAGAACUGUGACCCACUGAAGUGGAGCCAGAGCCGAGGCAGUGGCUGACGCUGACAUUCUGCCCUCCCUGCCCGUCAGAAGAGGGUUUAGUCUUCACUGAGGGGAAACUUUCAUUCCUGUAGAGGAGACGCUACACUCACCACAACACCUCCAGGGUGUCUUUUAAUUAAUGUGAAUUUUACUCUCCAGGGUGUUCUGCAUUUUUAAGAAGCUUUGUGAUCAGUUCAGCAACCACACACACCACAUGUCCCCUUUCAUAUAAUUGUUGUAUAUCCUAGGGCUGCUUCUUGUUCUCAUUAUUUAAUUAAAACUGUAAUAUGAAAUGUCCACAACAUGAAAUGAUGGGGGAUUUUUGUCUCAAGGUAAUUAUUUAAUCAUGGAAGGAUCUGCACAGAGUGUGCUAUGUGCUAUGACUUGUGCUUUCAUUUCCUGUUAGGUCAGUGACACCAUACAUGGCUCUGUUUCAAUGGUGGAAGUGCAACAUGGGAUAUAGCAACAUUGUGCAUUUCAAGAAUAAAACAUAAAAUGCCACUGUAGUUGAGAAAGUUGGAAAGGAGAUGAUGCGCAGGAUUGAUAAGCCGUGACACAUAAACAGGCAGGGUUAUAAGUGACUAGUCUGACAGAGGUGUUGCGGCACACAAAUGGCGUCCUGCUGCCUUCAGAUGCCUGCAGGGAUUUAAUGAACAGAAGCUUUAUAGUAAAUAAUAGUUGUGAACAACAGAUAUUGUAAGAAUUACAUAUAUUAAAUUCAAUUCAGUUUCAAUCAACGCAGACUGCUUUAACGGCAUUUGUGUGUUACACCAUGUUCUGUGGCCACUGUAAUGAGUCACUGCAGGGUGAUGUUGCGGAGAUGUAGUUAGUAGUCACAAUUUCUGACACCAGCCAUCAGAAACUGUGACCCUAGUGUAGCUAGGAAUAAAAAUGUUCAUUCAAAUAUUGUCAGUUUGUAUAAAAAGGUGGGCAAAAGGCCUGAAGAGUCAGAAGCAUAACAGGUCACGUCACGCCAUGAGAAAAUGUGACCCUACUGUACCAGGAAAUCAAACAAAAAUAUUCUGCAUCCAAAUAUUGUAAGGUACUUGCCCGUUCUCUCACCCCUUUUAAAGACAGAAUAACAUUAAUAUAAGAAGUGAUCUACACAAGACCUCUGUAGAGCUAGAGGCUGUAGCAUAACACACACCAUGCUCUGUCAAGUUGCAUUUUGGGUUGAUUUGUGCUAAGUACUAGGUUUUGACAAGGAAGAGGAAUGUGUGGAAUAAAAGACUAUAUCUCUCGUUCUUCUGCAUCAAAUUGGAUCCUUUUUGUUUUAAAACUAUCCAUUGUGAGUCUGACAGUGUUAUAGGAGUGUAAUGAUAAGGUUGUCACAGAAUACGGUGUAACACCUGCUAUAAUCACAUUAAACUUUCAUUUUAGAGGCACUUUAAAUGCAUCUACUGGUUGGAGAGAAAUUGUUUAUUUAAAGUUUUAAGUAUUGUUUCAUAAUUGUUAGAAAGUUGCCCUAUUUAGUUUGCUCUUGUUGACAAAAUCACCACAAAGACCCUGUUACUACAAUUUCUGCUUUCUGCAGCCUCAUUUAAAUUAUACUCCCACCUGCGCUGCACCCAACAACACCAGAGUACAAAGAGAAGGUUGAGGUCAGGAACAUACCGAACAGUCUGUUUGCAGCUUCCACUGGUCAUUGUGCCUCCAGUCCACUGAAACAGAGCCCAUAGUGUUAACAUUCUCAGCAGUCCUGUGAAGGGAAUGAGUUGACUGAUCCAUAAUUACGAAAAAGAGUACACAGAACUGUACUCCAUGACAUCUUUUUUUGCACCAGCAAAUCUAUAGGUUCAGCCAACUGGAUGCUUACUUUCAACACAAGUAUGACUCAUUGGGUUCUUAAUCUGAUUUUGCUUUCACAUAGAUUUUAUUUAUUUCAUUUAAAUCAGGAAGUAAUUUUCUGUGGACACUGUAAUCCUAUUAAUUUGUAUCUUCCCCCCUCACUCCCUGUUUCCCAUAUUUUUCUUGGUAUUCAUAUCAUGUCUCUGCAUUAAUCUCUAGUUUGGCUUGCAUUCUCUGCUGUAUGCAGACUGUCAUUUUUCCCCUGCUUGUAUACUUUGUUUAGUGGUUUAUCACUCUGAUGAGAUUCAGAGGAACUGGGAAGCAAUUAAAUUUACUAUUUGCACAUUGUAGCUGACAGAUUUGUGACUUGGCAGCAUACAAAUAUGUCAGUGGUAGCUGCAGCAGUCUACCUGUUGAGAACAAAUCUGUCUCAGUAGUUUUUCUUUAAUUUGCACAACAUCUUAUACCUGUAUAUGUUCAGGUAUUACUUGUAUUCUCUAUGAAUAUGCAUAUUCCCCUAAUCUUUCCAUGUCUGCCUCUUCAGUUAUUGUGCCCAAUGCUGGUUAACUGGGAUAUAAACAGAAAAUAAAUCUCUUUAAUGAAA